UUUUCUGCCCUUCGCUUCCUCUCCUCUUUCCUUGCCGCUGCUGAGUGUUGAAUUAACUUUUUCGGUGCGAGGAAUUCGUCUGGUUCUGGUAUUAGAAACCGGUAUCAACUGUAUCAAUUUAUUUUUUCUGGAUAUGGCUUCACGAAAUUACUUUAAUCUUUUGACAUCCCGUCAAAUCUCUAAAUUUCUUCGUUCUAAUAAUUUAAGAAAAUUCACUACUAACCUAAGAGAACCAUCUCAGCCAGUAGGAAAUAAAACUCCAAAAUGGAUGUCUGCUGAAGAGGCUGUCAAAAUUGUUAAAUCUGGUGAUACAGUAUUUGUACAGGGUGCUGCUGCUACUCCUAGAGUUCUAGUACCAGCAUUAGCAGAACAUGGUAAAAAAGCUAGUCUGAAAAAUGUGACUGUAUGCCACAUACAUACUGAGGGAGCAGCAGAAUACAAUCGCCCGGAAUAUGAAGGAAUCUUUAGAAGUGCUUCCUUCUUUACUGGGGCCAAUUCACGAGAAGCCAUUAACUCGGGAAGAGGAGAUUUCAUUCCAGUUUUCUUGAGUGAAAUUCCACUGAUCUUCCACAAAAAAAUUCUUCCUGUUGAUGUAGCCCUGGUUCAAGUAACACCUGCAGAUGAACAUGGUUUUUGCAGUUUAGGAACAAGUGUUGAUUGCACACGAGCAGCUCUGAUGCAUGCAAAAUAUAUUAUUGGCCAAGUUAAUCCUCGCUUGCCUCGAACAUUUGGAGAUGCAACCGUGCACACUUCUCAUUUCGAUGCUUUAGUUGAAGGAAAAGCGGAAUUGCCUGAGCACAAGCCUGAUGUUCUGACUGAAGUUGAACUUAGUAUUGGUAAACAGAUAGCUGAAAAUUUAGUUGAAGAUGGAGCCACUAUGCAAAUGGGUAUUGGAUCUAUACCAGAUGCUGUAUUAGCUAGUUUAAAAGGCCAUAAGGAUUUAGGAAUUCAUUCUGAAAUGUUUAGCGAUGGUGUUGUAGAUCUUGUUAAUCUUGGGUGCAUCAAUAAUAAAUAUAAAGCUUUAUAUGCUGGGAAAAUUGUUGGCAGUUUCACAAUUGGAACUAGGAAAUUAUUUGACUUUAUGCACAACAAUCCAUUUGUUGUGAUGCUUGAAGUAGACUAUGUUAAUCAUACCGACAACAUUGCCGUGAAUCCUAAAAUGACUGCCAUUAAUUCCUGCAUUGAAGUUGAUCUAACUGGUCAAGUAUGUUCUGAUUCCAUUGGAACAAGAAUUUAUUCAGGUGUUGGAGGCCAAAUUGACUUUUUACGUGGAGCUGCCAUGGGUAAAGAUGGAAAAGGCAAACCUAUCUUAGCUAUGCCUUCUCUCACUAGCAAAGGAGAAUCUAAAAUUGUACCAUUUAUUAAGCAAGGUGGCGGUGUUGUUACAUCCCGAAAUCAUAUUCAUUACCUUGUGACUGAACAUGGCAUUGCUGACCUUUUCGGCAAAAGUAUUCGCCAGCGAGCAUAUCACCUUAUCCAAGUCGCCCACCCAAAACACAGAGAGGCACUGGAGAAGGCUGCUUUUGAAAGGCUCAAAUGCAUGCCAUCUCCCUAAAUAUGUCAUUCCUGAAAAACAUUAUGCUUAACCAAUAGUUGUAUUAAUCAGCAUCCACAAUGCAGUUGAGUACAAUAUUUUAUAUGCCACCAGACUACAGUAUUUAAAAAAUAGAGAUUUUGUUUUAGCGUAAUCUAUUAAGAGAAUUCAGUUUUACCCAAUUUGUCAUUAUCAAAUUAUGAAAUAUUUCUUUUAAAUGAUAUUGGUUAUAGGAAUUUUAAGAGACAGCUUUAUUAUGCGAGUGUGUUGGGUAUUUACGACAGUUUUUAUAGUUUUAACUCACCGAUAUAUUUUAUGCUAUUUGGAGAUGGAAAUUUGGAUGAAGAUUGUGAUACACUUGAUAAAUAAACUGGAAAUGUCUUGGAUUAUAGUCCUGUAAAGUAAAUUUUGUAAUUAGUACUUAAAUAAUUAUUUUUAAUGACAGUAAGAGACUUGUGAAUUUUCAAUGAUACUAAUGAAUUUUAUUUUUGUUUUCCAAUUGAUUUUCAAUUGUAAGUUCCCACUUAGUAAGCACAGAUGGCCAUUAUAAUGUAAUAUUGUAUGACAUUAAAUUUUUUGUAAAAAUAAA